UAUUCUCGGCUCUGAGUGGGAAAUCAAACUCGCGUAGCUGGGUUUGUAGCUCAGUACGCUAACCACUGCAACCCCCGCUUGGAAUUUAAACAUCGCGUGUUUCAAUCGUCAUGAAGUUUUGUGCCUCAUCACCGGGAUGAUUGAACAGCCUCCGCAACGACCCACACACGAGGUGUGAAGCAAACAGGCACGUGGUGUCACCUGGAGACGAGCUGUUUGGUAUUUACUCCAAUAAAGGCAGCGGAGUAGGACCUGCUUAUUCAGUGCAUCUUGGGCUGAGCGUGGGUCCACACAGGCUGACGAAUCUUGGCAGCGCACGCUACACGUCCGUUAUUUAUUAUUUAAAGUCAAAGGGACCUGCGGCACUGUCGCAUGCGAACGCAACACCCAACACAUACCUGCUGAGUAGAGUCAACCCCAACGUUACGACAGGGAAUACCGGGUAUGAAGGCACGCGACUCUCCCUUCGUUUUACGUUACACAGGAAAGUAAACGAUUGUCCUGUGUGCCGUGUUCUGAAACAUCAGCUUCAAAGUCGACAGCAACAGUUGCUGGGAUAAGACCUCAAGUAAUCAAACUCCUUUCAUUAUCUCUGUGCCCUGCAUGUUUUUGGCCUUCUCGGUUUAACGGCCACCACCGACAACUAUUGCGAAUGACGCAUACGCCUUAACAAACAAAACAAGUCUAUCUUACAAAUAAUCCUUAGGAGCAUAUCGACACUCAAAUAGUCGUUAGGAUUUACGAUUGAUUGACUCCAAACACCUCGCAGACACACACCAAGCCACCAGCAUGACAACCGGUGAGAGUCUGUAAGUUUUAGUUUCCGGCAACCCCCGCCCCGAUAACACCACGACCCACGUCGGAAAAUGCAAGCCGAUCGACUCCAGAAGAGCUCCAACCCGUACGCCAUCGACGUGCUGCAGCUGCGCAAGGAUGACCUCUGCGUGGACAUCCUCAACACGGAGCUCCUGCUGCGGCUGCUGGUGGAGCACGGCGCGCUGAGCUACCACCAGCACGCCGCCCUGGUGCUGCUCGAGUCGCGCCGCGAGUGCAACGCCAGCAUGCUGGAGAUGGUGGCGCGCUCCGGCGAGCGGGCGUGCCGUCUCUUCUUCAACCCGUGCCUCAAGCGUGCCGAGCCCGAGGUGUACCUGGACAUCCGCCGCUACGUGGCAGAGGUGUCGACGAAGGUGGGCGACAGCCAGCGCCAGCUCAUCGGCUACCUGCUCGAGAUGGACGGCUGCGAGCUGGGUGACAUCAACAAGGGCGGCGGCCAGCCGAAGAAGAGCGGCGUCAAGGCCAAAGUGGAACCCGUCAAGGCCAAAGUGGAACCCGUCAAGGCCAAGCCCGUACAGCCGGCGGCGGCCGUGACCGCUGUGAGCGUGCUGAAGGCCGCCGUCGACGGCGACGUGGACCACAUCCAAAAGGCUCGGACGGCGAACUUCAACUUGAACGUGGUCAACAGGAACAGGGAGGGGCCGCUCCACCUCGCCGCGGCGCAGGGUCACGCCAAGGUCGUGGCGGCGCUGCUCAAGGCAGGGGUCAACGUGAAUGCGAGGGACGCCAGCGGCAAGGCUCCGAUUCACGCGGCGACGCGCAACGGGCACGGCGACGUGGUCAAGCUCCUGCUGGACGCCGGGGCCGACGUCGUCGGAUCGAAGGGUUCGGCAAAGUCGACGUCGAAGAGGGGCGGCAGCAGCAGCUCGUGCUGCUCGUGUUGCUGGGAAUAAAGUGAGGCACGGGAUUUGGAGGCGCCGAAGGUCGCUGCUGCUGCUGCUGCGGUUGCAAAUGCCUUAUGUGUGUUGUUGCGAGAUUGUUCUGUUGUGAUGGAUUUUUGUUGGAGUCGUUUUUUGCCGAUGUUAUUCUUUGUUGGCAUUAGCCAAGCUGAUGGGCCAUCAUCGUGUGGCAGUGCGGUCUUCGCGUAUACGGUAUCCGGAGGUAUACUCUGCAGCAGUGAGCAUUUGGGUGACAAUACUGCACUAUGCUGAUGAGUUCUAAGGAGGAUGAAACCGGGCCACAGUUGUUUAUCACUGCAUCACUGCUGCCUAUCAGUCAGUUGCUCAAAUGAAUUGUGUUGAUGGCCUCAGACAAGAGAACCAGAAUGUACUUCUUCAUGAAAUUCUUCACAUGGUUUUUGCAUAAUGCACAAAGGCCGAGUGCUUUUCACAUGCUUUUGUUAUCAUUUGAAAACUUCUGGUAGCUGCGAUAUUCACGAUAUGAUACGGUAUGUGACGUUUCACGGUGACAAUGAUCGUUUUUAUAAUUCCCCCAUAACUUUGCAAUUGUAUUUCGCAUCGUCUCGUUUUCACGCUUUGAUGUACAUACAGCACUUUAAAUUGGAAUAAGAAUCGCUUCAACUUGUUUUGACUGUAGCGUGCACUCAACAUAAGCCCGACUCGAUAGUUGCUACAGUAACCGCAUGAAAAACCCGUAAAAACCGGUGAUAUUUAAGGUAGAAAUGUCUCGCAAUCAUCGUAACAUUGUAAUUUUGACGGGAGCUGCCGUGUUUGUAAUGGUCACCAGCACCCUGGACGUGCAAUAAAGGUACGAUCUCCGGGCGCGGCAGCUGUAACAAUGGAGCGAGUUUAAUAAAAAAUCUCCCCCCGCCAGCCUCUCCAUCCAGCCGUGUAAAUGAAGCGUAUUUGUAACGUUAUUUGUUAAUACUGGAUUGUGUAGCAGCACGAAGAGACUGUAACUACUUGGCGAGGAGAUCGGAGAAUCUAAAUUUGAAUCUUUAUACCGAAGAUGAGCUAUGAAGUUAUUUUUUUUUACAGACUAGCCAGCUUCGCCCGGGACUUGGAUUCACUACGCCCAGCCGCAUUUGUAUCCCCAGUGGCGAUGUUCACACACCACACGAAUUACUCGUUUGAGGCUGAGUCGAUCUAGGGGAGGCCCAGGACCGGUUCAAAUAAUCGUCACCAUUGGUGGCCGUGAGCGGGAAUCGAGCUCGGGUCGCCGGGUUCGUAGCGCAGCACGCUAACCACUACACUACCGCUCCCCCCACACACACGUGCGUAUCCAUAGGUACACAUACACGCGCUUGCUGCAGACACACACAACUUUCAGGGUGCGUACAAGCAGUAAACGACUGAAAUAGUAAUGCAAUGCUGCGCGAAGAACGCCUUAGACCUGCAACACAUUUGUAUGGCACUUUACUCGCGGCGGGUUGGGGGGGGGGUGCAUGACGUCAGCAGGCACACUGCGUUACGCUUCCGCAUGCGGGUGACAUGACAGAUGUGAUGUCACAGCUCACUUGGCGUGCAAAAUAUAUGCAUUAUUGCGCCCCCACCUCCCCAAAAAUACAAAAGUCAAUUUUGAUAAUUUUUGCAUGGUGUAGUCUGGAAAGUACCCACGUUUAUUGCAUGUCGGGAAGUAUGCUAAAUAUUUUGAACAGACACACAUUCACAAAUUCCCUUUUAUAUAUCUAGAUUAGUCCAGUCGGGGUUUCUCUGUUUCCUCAGGAGCCAUUCACACACACACACACGAGUCUGUACUGCUAUACAGUACACACGUGUGUACUGUACCGUACUGCAAGUGGUACAACUUCCUGACAGCGGUGGUGGUGAUGAUGAAAACGUUUAACAAUAAAAAUUAAAAAGCGCAUACCCAUACCUGGCAACCCCUUAUCAGUGCCCUACCUUACUAGAAACCAACUCAGACCUUAUUGGUCACCCCGUGCCCUUAUAAAUCUCAACGUUCAUUCUACAAAGUCCCACCACAAUAGAGAAACACAGACAAAUGGGGUUUUUGCCCGUAUUAAAACGGCUGUACGCCGUAUGGACCUGAAAAACUGCAUUUCCCCGCACAAGAAUACGGGGUAAGCCGUAUGGGGUUGACAGGUAUUCAUUCCCUCUGUAUGUGACUGUGCGUCUG